GAAUCAGGGAGGUUUCUAGAAGCCAACCCACCCUUCCCUUAGCCCGCAUCACCAGACACGCCGUUGUUUCUCGUGUUUGACUGCAUCAUGUCUGCUGUGAAAGCACUGAAUCCGAAGGCCGAAGUGGCCAGGGCACAAGCGGCUCUUGCCGUCAACAUCAGUGCUGCUCGGGGACUACAAGAUGUGCUCAAAAGCAAUUUGGGACCAAAGGGAACCAUGAAAAUGCUUGUAUCUGGUGCAGGAGACAUUAAGCUUACCAAGGAUGGCAAUGUUCUACUGCAUGAGAUGCAAAUUCAACAUCCCACAGCAUCCCUGAUUGCAAAGGUCGCUACAGCUCAAGACGACAUCACAGGUGACGGAACCACCUCCAAUGUACUGAUCAUUGGUGAACUCCUUAAACAGGCAGACCUCUAUGUCUCCGAGGGGGUUCAUCCUAGAAUCAUUGCAGAAGGCUUUGAAGCUGCUAAAGAGAAAGCUCUUGAGGUUCUUGAGAAGCUGAAGGUGACGAAAGAGAUGGACAGAGAGACUCUGAUCAAUGUCGCCAGAACAUCCCUUCGGACAAAGGUUCAUGCUGAACUUGCGGAUCUCCUUACUGAGGCUGUGGUGGAUGCUGUGCUGGCGAUCCGUAAACCCAAUGAGCCAAUCGACCUGUACAUGGUCGAGAUCAUGGAGAUGAAGCACAAGACCGAAUGCGACACAGUACUGAUUAGAGGACUGGUGCUAGAUCACGGAGCCAGGCACCCAGACAUGAAGAAAAGAGUGGAGGAUGCCUACAUCCUGACCUGUAACACUUCCUUGGAAUAUGAGAAGACAGAGGUGAACUCAGGGUUCUUCUAUAAGAGCGCAGACGAGAGAGACAAACUGGUCAAAGCUGAGAGGAAGUUUAUUGAGGACCGUGUGAAAAAGAUCAUCGACUUCAAGAACAAAGUGUGCACAGAUGCUUCCAAAGGCUUUGUGGUCAUCAAUCAAAAGGGGAUUGAUCCAUAUUCUCUGGAUGCUAUGGCAAAGGAGGGAAUCGUGGCUCUGCGUAGGGCCAAGAGGAGGAACAUGGAAAGGCUCACCCUAGCCUGCGGUGGCGCUGCCAUGAACUCUGUGGAGGACCUCGCACCUGACUGUCUGGGUCACGCUGGUCUGGUCUUUGAACACACACUGGGGGAGGAGAAAUACACCUUCAUUGAGAACUGUAGCAACCCCCGCUCCGUGACUCUUCUGAUCAAAGGCCCCAACAAGCACACCCUCACUCAGAUCAAAGAUGCCGUGCGCGAUGGCCUACGGGCAGUCAAGAACGCCAUUGAAGACGGCAGUGUGGUGCCCGGUGCCGGCGCGUUCGAGGUGGUGGUGGCAGAGACGCUGGUGGAGCACAAGAGGGGCGUGAAGGGACGGGCUCAGCUGGGGGUGCAGGCCUUCGCCGACGCUCUGUUGGUCAUUCCAAAGGUACUGGCUCAGAACUCCGGAUACGACCCUCAGGAGACUCUGGUCAAGUUACAGACUGAACACAAAGAGUCUGGGGCAAUUGUCGGGGUAAACUUGAACACAGGUGAGCCUAUGGUUCCUGCUGAGGAAGGGGUUUGGGAUAACUACAGUGUCAAGAAACAGCUCCUUCACUCAUGUACGGUCAUUGCCAGCAACAUUCUGUUGGUGGACGAGAUCAUGAGGGCUGGCAUGUCCUCUCUGAAGGGUUGAGGACGGUCUGCAAGAUGAUGGCUGAUUUCACCGUGAGAUGGAGGGUCGAUGCGCAGUGACACCAUCCCGGAAGCAUCGCCGGAGACCUCAGGCCCUUAGGCACAUCACCAAGGCUUCUGUUGUUCUGUCUUCUUCCUCGUAGAAGAUAUUUUGCCCCACUCGAGUCCUCACCCCCUUAUUAGUAUGCUCCCCCAGUCAGAUUGUUGAUGGUAUACAUCGCUGUUCUUUCUUUGUACUCAUUAAAAGGUUUUGGCUGA